AUGGGUCGAGCAAAACUAGAGAUGAAACUCAUUAGUAAUGAAAGGGCUCGUAACAUAACCUUCCAGAAGAGAAAGAAGUGCUUGAAGAAGAAAAUUUAUGAACUAACAACUCUUUGUGAUGUGAAAGCCUGCAUGAUCAUUUAUGGUCCGAGACUGGAUGACCGUCCGAUUGAGCCGGAGAUCUGGCCUACUGAUCUGAGUGAGAUCCAGCGCUCCAUCAAGUUAUACAAAGACCAAACCAGUGAACAUCAUAGGAAGAGGACCCUUGAUUUGUCUAACUUCUUUGAGGACCGGAAGAAGAAGGCUGAAUACGCCCUCGAAAAACAGUGCAAGAAGAAUGAGGAGGCGAAGUACCCUUCGUGGGAUGAUCAGUACGACCAACUCUCAAUCGAACAAUUGAAGAAAUUUCAUAUUAUUUUGGCGGGCAAGCUUGAAUUUGUGAAGAAAAGGAUUGAAUCCAUCAAGGGUGACAAAAUAAUGGCGGCAGGAUCAGCAUCAGCAUCAGGUAUGAUGGACAGCUUUUACGCACAAUCAACUCAAAACCCGCCUUCUUGUUUCAACUCAAGGCAGCCUCCUUCAAUGAAUCCGCAUGAUCAUAUCAACGUGCCCAUUCCUUAUAAUCCGUUCGAUCACGGGCUUCAAUUCAAUCCGAAUUCGAUGAUGAUGAGGGUGAACGAUGCUGAUGGUGGCGCGUCUAGCAGCAAUACACUGUACGCGCCUCUAUACAGGCCGGUUUACUACGAUCCCUUAUUUGAUCAAAAGUUUGAUCAGAAUAUGAUUGUGAACAACGCUAGGCCCUUAAUGUGCUACUACGGUCCGUCCAUGCAGCCGAUGCCGCAAUAUGUGCAGUAUCCUCCUGUCCCUGUGAUGCCAAGGGCUUCGUCUCAUCAUAUGCAUGCUGCUCAGAGGGAUGAGUAUUAUGAAAACGCUAAUAAGCCCGUGGAUAUUGAAGUUCCACAAGCGGUACUUCCGGAUACUGUAUUUGAAGCAGUUGCUCGAAUUCCUUAUGAUAUGCAACUGAAGCAAGUUCUUGCUAAUGGUAAAAGGGGGGCUUUGAAUGUGGGGGCUGUUCUAAUUUUACCUGAGGGGUUUGAAUCGAUAUGGAUUAGGAGAUAUCGUUAA